AUGAAGAUGAUGCAGCGACUGACAUUUCGAAAUCUAGCUUUCCACAUUCUCUUCUGGGGCUUACACUGGGGACUGUUCGCUUAUGGAUGGUACCAGCAGGAUGACGCAAGACUUGCACCUCUCAACGAGCUGCAGUAUUCAAUAUGGAUAUCUCGAGGGUCGGGCCUAGUGCUCUCUCUGGAUGCAUUAUUGCUUCCACUGCCUAUGUGUCGCAAUAUCUUGACAUUCCUUCGACCGCGACUGAGGUCCUUCCUCGAUGACCCGCAAUGGAUACACAGGCAAAUUGCGUACGCCACCUUAUCUUUCACUAUCAUCCACGUUAGCUGCCACUACAUCAACUUCUUCAACGUUGAGCGGCUGCAAGUCCGGCCAGAAGCAGCUGUACAGAUUCACUAUACUCAAGCUGGUGGCAUUACCGGUCAUAUUAUGCUUGUUUGUAUGUACUUCAUGUAUACAACUGCUCAUCAUCGUGUUCGGCAGCAAUCGUAUGAAACGUUCUGGUACACGCACCAUUUAUUUAUACCGUUCUUCCUCGCCCUUUAUACUCAUGCAACCGGGUGCUUCGUGCGCGACACUGUCGAACCUUUCUCGCCCUUCGCGGGGGAUGAUUUCUGGGCCCACUGUCUUGGGUAUCAAGGCUUUAGGUGGGAGCUUUUCGGUGGUUUUUUCUACCUCGUCGAACGGCUCUACCGUGAAAUCCGGUCGAGGCGAGAAACAAAGCUCUAUAGACUCAUUAAACACCCGUACGACACCAUCGAGCUACAGUUUAAGAAACCAUCGAUGCAGUAUAAGCCCGGCCAGUGGCUCUUCAUCAACGUCCCAGAAGUGUCAAAAUAUCAGUGGCAUCCUUUUACAAUAACUUCAUGUCCCCACGACGACUAUAUUUCGAUUCACGUACGACAGGUGGGUGAUUGGACCAAAUCUCUCGCAAAUCUACUUGGCUGCGGUCCAGCCCAAGGAAAAGAAUUCGAGAAUCUGGACCCGCUGGCAACAUAUUAUGUGGCUCUAUCGGCUGGACAGACGCUUCCGCGAAUCAGGAUCGAUGGGCCGUAUGGAGCUCCGGCAGAAGACGUCCUACAGAACGACAUCGCGGUGCUGAUAGGCACGGGCAUUGGUAUUUCACCUUGGGCCUCAGUGCUCAAGAACAUCUGGCACCUGCGUGCUUCUGCUCGGCCGCCGAGGCGACUGAAGCGAGUCGAACUCGUCUGGGUGUGUAGAGAGACUACAGCUUUCGAGUGGUUCAAAACCCUAUUAUCGUCGCUCGAAGCACAGUCUGCCGCGGCCGCGGCCGCUUCCCAUCGCUCGGUGCCCGAGUUCCUACGAUAUCGCAUCCACCUCACGGCGAAGCUAGACCAUGAAAGUGCGACCAACAUCUAUCUGAAUUCCAUAGAGCAAGGGCAAGAAAUCGAUCCGUUGACAGGCCUGCGAACCAGCACCAGUUUUGGCCGUCCUGACUUCAAGCGCAUUCUUGCUACCAUCAGAGACGAUGCCAUUGCUGACUUGAAGCUGCAGAGAAGGAAGACGCUUAAGAAUCUCACAAUUGGCUGCUAUUACUGUGGACCCCCUGCGCUAGCCGCCAGUGUUGAAACGACAUGCUCUGAGCUGUCGAAGAAGAGCCGGGUAAGAUUUAAGUUUUGGAAAGAACAUUUUUAG